AUGGUGGAGAGAUUCUUCCCGACGAAUGCGAGCUCCGGGGAUGGAACUCGCCGGCGGGAACAUCUCACUCUCCUCUCCGGCCCGAUUUCCUCAGGCAAAACCUCUUUGCUCUUCCAAUUUGCUAUCAAUGUAGCGACUGCUUCUGAAAGCAAUCGUGUCGUCUUCAUCUGUCGCCGGAAAAGAAUCGAAACGAAUCCUCCGUUUUUCUCUCAGGGAAUCGACACUUCCUCCGAUGUACUCAAUCGAAUUCAGAUCAAAAAUUCCAAGGGGAGUGUAAUGAAUUCUCGGGGUAGAGAUAUGGCGAUGGUUCGGACUCUUGCUCUAUGCCACAAUGCUAUUGUUGAUGCUAACAAGAAAACUGCUUGCGAACUUGUCUUAUCCGAGACUAAUCAUGGAGACUCACCGAGGUCGUUGUUCAUCUACAAACGAUGGAUCCAGACGAUCUUUACAAUAAGAGGUCAUGGCGAUGGAUCGUUUCUCUUGAGAAGUGAUGGUACAUCAGAGAAAAGCGCUAAGUAUUCGAUCGCACUGCAAUAUCUUAUCUUGGAGGAGAUGGUUAAUGGAUAG